AUGAAAAAAGCUAUCGAAUUAACUGAACAAGCUGAUACAAAAGGAAUUCAAAUACAAAUUGCAGGCCGUAUCGAUGGAAAAGAAAUUGCACGUAUCGAAUGGAUAAGAGAGGGUAGGGUUCCCCUACAAACCAUUCAUGCGAAAAUUGAUUAUUGUGCCUAUACCGUUCGAACUAUCUAUGGGGCACUUGAACCCGCUUGGAUCACGUCUAGACAAAUAGAAGCCGGGCGACGAGCAAUGACACGAAAUGCACGUCGCGGUGGAAAAAUAUGGGUCUGCGUUUUUCCUGACAAACCUGUUACAGUAAGACCCGCAGAAACCCGUAUGGGUUCGGGGAAAGGAUCUCCCGAAUAUUGGGUAGCUGUUGUCAAACCAGGUCGAAUACUUUAUGAAAUAAGCGGAGUAGCAGAAAAUGUAGCCCGAAGAGCUAUCACAAUAGCGGCAUCAAAAAUGCCUAUACGAACUCAAUUCAUUAUUUCAGGAUAA